CGGAAAUCACAGGACGUCAGAGUAGUUUUGUCCCAAAGUGACCCUGUGCUUAUACUUUAGGAUAUAAGGCGCGAUCAUUCAGGCUCCACCAUCAUCCACCGGACCCACAAACGCAGACAUGUCUCGACAACCUACGAACUAUUAUACCACGCCUGGCGCUGCGCGCUCCUCUACACCAGGAAGGUUUCCCCCGCAGCAGCAGCAGCAGAUGGGCUACGCGCCAGUGCACUCUUCUCUCGGACAGGCUUCGAUGCAGCCUUCCUAUAAUCAUUCCCACUCAUCUAGUAAUGGAAGCUCAGACGAUGGGGAUCCGACAGAGAUAUACAACAGAGAUAUCCACGUCUAUUUUCAGAUCACUUCGUUUGAAGCCUCCAACGAAUACUUGGCCAAUUCGAAGGCUGCCCUUGGGCCACUCGUUUCUGCUUUGAGAGGUAGUGGCAGCUGGCUUGACGUUCUUCAUUAUGGUAUAGAACUCGAGAACCCCAACCGUGGAUUUAUUAUGAUCGUAUGGCCCGAUCCUGAAGCCGCCUUGCGAACAAACGAUUAUAACAACGCCCUUAGGAUGACUGUCAGACGCAACACUGUUAGGAAGGAGUAUUGGCUUGAGGCAGAUACGUACCUCUGGGGCGUUCUAUCCGCGCCGACCGUUUCUUUCUCUGUUAUUAAGCAGAGAAGGAGCGACUCGAGGAGGCUUGUCGAAAGCACGGCAGCAUGGUCGAGCAGCGUUCGGAGGUGCCCCGGAUACAGAGACCACUGGUUCCAAUCAAACAUUCUUUCCGAAGAUGGCAGAGAGUUUAUCGUCAUGAUCGGAUGGGAUGGGCUUCGGGCGCACCAGGAUUCGAGAUAUACACCCGCGUACCAAGAACAUUACAGAUCUGUCGAGGAUUUGGGUUACGUGGAGACGAAGCAUGUAAGGUUGACGAGGUACUCGGUCUAUAUUCACUAAGGAGGAAUUGUUGGCCCAGUGCGGUGUUUCCUAAGUUUCUGGGCAGGAUAUUCCCUAUUAUGUUUCUUUUUCUCUCCCUUAUGUCUCCCUGAGUCAGUCGACGUACACGCCAAUGCAUACUGUGACCUGGCUUGUUCCUCUACCCUGGCUACCAGAUCUGCCAUGCAGUAUCUGACUGGUGUGGAUAAAUGUUUCGGUUGUACGUAUAGCCAAUCGAGAAGGUUCCAACACUCAAAUACCUCUUUAUAGACGGUUCUAGACAAGUAAAUAACGUAGGACAUCAGAGC